UUGAUUUUUUUGCCUUUUUCUUUUUUCCUCUUUCUGCUGUUUCCUUUUUCUCACCUCCACCUCUCUCCUUCCUCGGAACAUAUUAUAUAGAUCGAUUGCGGGAGUUGCGAGUCGGAGAAGCCGUUGCCUUCGCUUCCUUCCGUUCUCCGUCUUUCCCGCACUUGGUAGUCUUUGGGGGAUCAGGGAUUCGGUGGGAGGAGAAAGGGAAGGUGCCCGGCCAUGGAUCUGGAGAAGAAGCCCGUGGUGUCGGAUGUGGGGGCGUGGGCGAUGAACGUCGUCAGCUCCGUCGGCAUUAUCAUGGUCAACAAACAGCUCAUGUCACCCAACGGCUACGGUUUCUGUUUCGCAACAACGCUAACAGGCUUCCAUUUUACGGUCACUGCCCUUGUGGGUUGCGUUUCAAAUGCAACUGGUCUCUCUGCGUCCAAGUAUGUGCCUUUCUGGGAGCUCUUUUGGUUCUCCGUUGUCGCAAAUCUGUCAAUUACUGGGAUGAAUCUCAGUCUCUUGUUGAACUCGGUUGGGUUUUAUCAGAUCUCCAAACUGAGCAUUAUACCCGUGGUUUGCUUUAUGGAAUUUUUAUUGCACAGCAAACACUAUUCACAACGCGUGAUUGUAGCUGUUGCAGUUGUGGCCUUGGGAGUAGGUAUUUGCACAGUCACUGAUGUCGAUAUCAAUGCAAAGGGUCUUCUUUGUGCCUGUGUGGCUGUUUUUUGCACAUCACUGCAGCAAAUUACAAUUGGAUCUUUCCAGAAAAAGUACAGUAUUGGUUCCUUUGAGCUGUUAAGCAAAACUGCACCAGUACAGGCAGUCUCUCUUCUACUUGUUGGCCCAUUUGCUGACUACUACCUCAACCACCGAUCCCUAUUGGAAUACCCUUUUUCUUCAGGAGCAACUGCUUUCAUAAUCCUAUCAUGUUCCCUGGCUGUCUUCUGCAACAUGAGCCAGUAUCUCUGCAUUGGCCGGUUCUCCGCAACAUCCUUCCAAGUCCUGGGUCACAUGAAAACUGUGUGUGUGCUAAUUCUCGGAUGGGUACUCUUUGAUUCAGCUCUCACCGUGAAGAACAUACUAGGAAUGUUGCUUGCGGUGCUUGGCAUGGUAGUCUACAGCUGGGCUGUAGAGCAUGAGAAGCAGGCUAAGUUGGCCACCCAUAUCAGCGCCGAAAUCAAAUCGGAGGGGGAGGAUAUAAAGCUUCUGAAAGAGAAAGUAAAUGGACUCCCUGGGUCCGACCUUGAAUUGGGGCAGACCAAGAGCUGAUUCUUUUUCUCGACACCGUCAUGCUCAUCUUUUCCCUAAUUAUUUUUUGGUUAUUUGACUAUCCCAUUCCUUCCACUGCAUGCGACGGCUCUGUACUAAGUGGAUCUUUUUCUUCUUCUUUUUUACACCAUUUUUUUUACAUGGGAUUAUUGUAGGCAUUUUGCGGAUACAUUUUGUAAUUGCUGAAGGGUAUUCUCACUGCCCUCUUGUUCUUCUAUGCAUCAGAUGCUGAUUCACCA